GCCUUGCGACUUUGUACGAUUUUCACUCGUAGAUCUACGAGCGUAUGCAUGAAGAACUUACGUCAUUUAUACGGCCAAUGCAAUGGCCGGAUCGGAAAAUUGAAGCGAUGAACAAGAAAGUCAAAUUUUGUAACACUCCACGCUCGCACACCACAGGCCUGCAGGAGUUUGGUCUUGUUUAUAUUUUAGGCAGAUUCGCCACAUUUCUGUGGCUGCUGCUGCUGCUGCUCUCUCUCUCUUUCACUGUGUGGUACUGUGAUUUAGUGUGAAUAAGACGCAAGCAAGUUUAUCUUGGAGCAAAGGCUGGCGCUGAGUUCACAGACACUGCGCAUUGGUAUGGCUAGCACGUCAAACAGCUGCCGAUAAUUAUUUCGCGUGAGUUUGCAUGGCUUAUAUUAUCGCAUCCUAACGGAAGCUUAGGUUGCUUGAGGGAGAGAAGCUCCAUUUCUUGUGGGACAAGCAGCAAUGGCAGGAGGCUCUACAAUCGAUUUGAAUGAGUGUCUGUGUGGAACACCCUCAUUUCGGAAUCAGUUAAUCGAACAUGAAGCACUCAUAGGCGAUCUUGAGGAGCGUGUCCAGAAGACUGUUCGGCAGUGCAAGCAGUUUGCCGACGCCGGCCAUGCCUUUGUGGACAGCGGAAGACUGGUCGUGGAGAACUUGUUCAGUCUUGCCACCGAGGUAACGGCCAACCCAACUGUCAAGGACUGUUUAGCCGACCUUCAAGCCACACUCAAUGACAUUCAUGCUGCACAAUCGACUAUGGUGCAAUCAGUACAGAACUUGGUUAGCAAUGGUCUGAAGACGUUUGUGCAGAGCGAGGUGAAGCCACUACGAAAUGCGUGUAAGGCGUAUCAGCGCUCGUCAGCUGAGUGUGAUAAGGCUUACACGAAAAGUUGCAGCAUGUCACGGCACAACGUAGCAGGCGCCGAGGCAGCGCAGCGCACUCUGGAGACGUGCCGUAGCUCCCUGACCGAGGCCUCGCUCGACUACUCCAUAUCGCUGAAUCAUAUGAAGUGGAAGAAGUGCAUCGGAGUUGCGGAGCGCGUUCUGGACUUGGCUAACUGUUAUUCAUCGUUCAUCGCCACCUGUUCGGAUUCCACCAGCAGGAUCAAGGAGCAGCGGCAAUGCCUUUCGACCGAGGUCGCUUCUCUUACGACGGCUGCCUCGGCCGAGCGGAAGAUGAUGGAUGACCUACGGCAGAGCCUGGAGCAGGCCAAUCGCAGCGCUGUGUUUAAUUCGGCGAAGGACGCCGAUUAUGUUCCGGCAGAUGCUGUGGUGAUGCAAGGCUACUUGCUCAAACGCAGUAAGAGUGCUUUGAAGCUGUGGACGAAUCGCUUCUUCUUCAUCAAGAACAACCAGCUGGCGUACAGCCAUCGGAAAGGCGGCGAGCUGACGAUAGUAGCGGAGGAUCUGCGUCUCUGCACCGUCCGGCCUGUGCCGGACUCCGACAGGCGCUUUGUCUUCGACAUUGUCACUCCAAACCGAUCAUGCACACUUCAGGCGGAAAGUCAGGAGUUCUACGACGCCUGGAUGGACGCGAUACGGGUUGGAAUAACAAGGGCAUUCAAACUUGACGAUAGCAGCACUACAGAGGGAGAGAGUGGUGAUGGGCGAGGUAGACGGUCUCCGCAAGCCAUGGCUAGUCAAUGGCAAGGACUGUGGAAUAUUCCUGGGAACGACUGCUGCGUCGAUUGCAGUGCACCAGAUCCGACAUGGGCCAGUAUAAACCUGGGUAUCACCCUGUGCAUUGAUUGCUCUGGAAUUCAUCGCUCUCUUGGUGUGCAAACGUCCAAAGUGCGUUCACUGACGUUAGACGACUUGGAACCGGAGUCUGUCAACCUGAUGCAGUCACUGGGCAACACCCUCGUCAACUCUCUCUACCUGGUUACCAUACCCAAUGAGUGGACGCCCAUCACACAGCAUGCCACAAAAGAGGAGCGCAAGCGGUGGAUCAUCGCCAAGUACGUCAAGAAGCGGUUUGCACACAGCCCGCAGGCCGGAGGCAAGUCGUCUCGCCGCUACUCCAUGCCCAUCAUCCGCUCGCACAAGAAGAACCGCAAGAACUCGCCGCUCAUCCAGUCGAGGAGCGGGGCCAGUGGAGCCAGUGUUGCCAGUGGGGCCGGCGCUGUCGCCGUUGGCAACGCUGUUCCCGGUCCCGCCGGCGGCAGCGGUGGCUGUGGAGAAUCACCGCUCGCCGAUGAGAAAACAUCGCCUGUACGUAUGCCUGACACUGACAGCAAGUCGCCGGACGGCAGCAGUGGUCUGGCUGCCGAUGCAGCGCUGUGUACUACUACCACUACUACUACUACUGCAGCGGACUCGCCUACACACCUGCCAUUCUCCCCUCAGCCUUCUGUGUUUGCCAGUGUGCAGAGAGCCUACAGCCACAAGGAGAACUCCGUGGAUGAGAUGCCAACUGCGCUUAACCAUGCCAGCGCGGCGUUGGGCAGCGUGGAUGACCUUGGCGAGGAGCUCUGCCUGGCCGCUACGCCCGGUUCACCGGCCAUGCCGCAGCCAGCGACAGCGCAAGAACGAGCAACAACGCCGAUUAGCACCUCUAACUUUGCGCUGAGCAGAAAAGCACGUAGCGGAGAUCUCUGUGGUAUGCUGGAGGCACUAGUAGAAGGCGCUGUUAUCAACUGGGUCAACUCCAACAAUCACAGUUACUCCACACUGCAUCUCGCUGUUCUCUCGGGUGCGGUCGAGGCAGUGGAGUUCGCGAUUCAGAAUGGCGCUUGGUUGGACACAGUUGACGAGGAUGGCCGGACACCUCUCAGUCUUGCUGCCAAGGCUGGCCUGGCGGCAAUAGUGUGUCUACUCGUGAAACGCGGCGCCCGCAUUGAUGUUGCGGAUAAAGACGACAAGACGCCCGAGCAGCUAGCACUGGAGGUGCCGCACGUUGAUGUGGUUACAUUGCUAAGGGUGGCUCGCCUCGACUCUUUCAACAAGGAGACAGGGGAUGACGUGAUGGGUGGAACAGCUGGCAACGUGUCUCACGUCUUCAAGGAUUUCUCUCGUCUGGCCGCAACACAGCCGGAGCUGCUGAAGAGAACGGCCGAGGGCGCUGUGGUCAUUCCCUCGCCGGGUGGCCGACGCUUUUCGGAAUGCUGACGGCUUGCCGCGUACGUGUGGCUCCGUGCCCUGUGUGUGUGUGUGUGUGUGUGUGUGUGCUUGCGUGUAGGUGUGUGUGUGUGUGUGUGUGUGUGUGUGUGUGUGUGCAUGUGUGUGUGUGCGUGUGUGAGUGUUAUCCGAAGUAGUUCACCAUCACUUAGAACUGGUGUAUUAGGCAUUGCAUUCCGCACGGCCAGUCUCCACACCAGUGGACGCGGCCUAUGAUAGCAAAGGCCAGCCAUACCGUUGCGCUGCAUGGCUGCAUGGCUGCAUAGCCGGCUGUGGAUGUCAGCUACACAUGCCGUUUCCUGGUGCAGCAGUAGUCAGACUUCCCUGCAUGCCUAGCUCACUUGCAACAAACCGCGUUACCUACCGAUACUCAUGAGUAUAUUUAAAAGCAAGCAGCCACAUUAUGAUGUCCUACUCCUAAUUAUGAUGUCCUAUUCCUAAUUUUCUACAUAUCCCAAGGGCAGCCAGGUGCUGACCGCCUUCAUUCAAUUUUUGUUUACGUCGGAGACGUUUUCUUUUCUGAAACCGGACUUCUAGCAUCUAUCGAGAGCAAUAUUGCAUCUCAACUCGAAAUUUCCCUUGUAUCAGCCAUGCGGCGUCUCUGCUGCCGCUGUCCUGCUUUGCUUUCCCUGCUGCUCGCCGCACCGAGGAAGCUGUCGGUGUACAGUAUUGGUUUAUGCAUGCUGGCGUGUGUCACGCUUGUGUGUAGAGUGCUUCUUCACCAUAAUCUCUCCCCGUCCUAUUCCCAAGGGGUUGCCAUGACUGUACGCUUUGUACGCAUCGUAUUAAAUCUCUCUUAUUUUGCUCCCGUAGGGUUUGUCAUGUACGCUUUUCACGCUGUUGGUCGGCCUGCGGCCAGUUUUGUCGUUGCACGCUGACUCGUUCAUUUUCUUCACAUAUUGAAUUUGUAGUAGUUGUAGUAGUAGUAUAUGGUAGUACACAUAGGAUUCUAGCAAUGCUGAUUUACCAGGGCCUCUGGAAUGGACUAUAUUUCACAGGAUUUGCUGCACGAACUUUCGCUUCCACAGUUUACGAUUUCAAACGGGUUUCAGAGCAUUUUGCCAUCAAUUUUGAUUAUUCGUGUAAGAUGUGUGCUAAAUAUCAGGUUUAUAUGAACUUGCUUUGACAGGUUUUUUUUUAUAAACUUCGAGUAUCAAUAUUUAUGUGGCCCGAUAUAGAUCGUUCCUAAUAAUUAUAACAUUAUCUCCUCGUGUUUUCUGUUUUUUUUUCUACAACCCAAAAUUAUUUCCGGCCUAAUACUGUACAUACAGUGGGUUGCUGCUAUGACUGACCUCUGUUGGUUCUGAAGCUAUCAGGACUACUAGUGUGUGCCACCAUUGAUGCAUUCAUCUUUCUCAUUUGCUCUCAUCCUAAUAUUACAGCUAUCUUUCAUCCA